AGAUGGAUUACAGUUCUGAACUCUAAAAAACAUGGCCUAGAAGUGAUUCAUUGACAACAAGAUUGCAGAAGCCUCAUAUACAGGUAACACCUAUCAUACCUCAGUUCCUUCAGGGGAAAGCUGCAAAAUUUUUGAAGGAAUUAUAUAAGUUAAAGCAUAAUAAGAAUAAUACCUACCUUCAAAAGAAAACUGACAAUAUACCACAUUGUCUAAAACCUUAGGAUUACCAUGCACGUACAACAUCUGCCACUAACUAAUUACCUGCAAAAUAUGUUCUGUUUUUCCUUCUCCUAUUUUUUCAGCUCAGUGUUUUGAGCCUUCGGAGCUGCUUUUGCCGAUUUCUCUUUCUGUUCAAUAGAUUCUAGUUACUUAUUAUGCAUAAAGUAACAUAUCAUUAAAAGUGCAGCAUGAUCGCUAAGAUACUUCAUGAUCUUGAGCUUUUUUUUCUUCUGUUAAUCGAAUUCUUUCCUCUUUUGUGUUCUUCUUCUUCCCCGCUACUAUCUUUGUACUAUUCUUGUCAGAAUUAAUGUUAGCUCAGGUCUGUUUUACAGUCCCACUCAUCUGUUCCAUGUUAAAAUUUUCUCUAUCAGGACGACUUACCUGGUCCAAUGUCACUGAAUCAUAAAAACGAAAAUUAAACAAGUGCAAUUAAUGGUCUCUGUGAAAGAGCCAAUUCGAGAAUGGAGAAUUUUUGCUUCUGGCUCUGUGACUGUGUUCGUCUUCGAAUAAGCGCGGGAUUGAUGUGGAAGGGAUCUGUUUCAUUAAUUGUGAAAAAAAUAUAUGUAUGCAUCGAGAACGCAGCCCAAGUCAUUGAUAAUGGAGAAAAUAGAAACAAGCCCUUUUCUUCGCAUUGUUCUCUCCAAUCCUCAAGGCGGAGAAUGCUGAGCUAGACGCGACAAAGUUCCAAAACAUAUGCUGGCCAAAGGACGGCCAAGUAUACCCUUGCCUUCACAUUUCUUAUAUGAUCAAACAAUUUGUUGCCAACCCUUAAUGCCAUUUUACUUUUCCUUUUUCUUUUCUAUGUCACCUAGCAAUAACAGCUUCACUUCUCCACGAAAAGUUGAGGAUUUUGAGAGAUGGGUUGUGUUCUUACCAAGAGAUCCACCACCUCCCCUCUUAAUCAGAAACUAGAAAAUUUGAAGCAGGAACGAGGUUAUGUUGGCAGACCUAAUAAUGGGCGGGGUGAUCCUGUAGGGAAGUUGUUUAGGCAAGACGCAGACAACAAAAGGGUGGUAGUCCUAAAUGGAGUCGGGGAGAAAUUGGUUACUAGAGAAGGAGCAAAGAAUGAUGGUGUUAGAAAUGUCUCGCAAAGAUUUACUUCGAAGAAGAUUGGCGGAGAUGAGCUUGUGGAUGGAUGGCCUAAGUGGCUUGUUGAUAACAUCCCCACAGAAGUUUUGGCUGGUUUGGUUCCAAAGAGUGCCGAUUCUUAUGAUAAGCUAGCAAAGAUAGGCCAAGGAACUUACAGCAAUGUGUAUAAAGCCAGAGAUAGAGACACUGGGAAGAUUGUUGCUUUAAAGAAGGUUCGGUUCGACACAUCGGAGUCUGAGAGUAUUAAGUUUAUGGCAAGAGAGAUAAUGAUACUACAGAAGCUAGAUCAUCCUAAUGUCAUCAAGCUCGAAGGACUAGCCACAUCAAGGAUGCAAUACAGUCUUUACCUUGUCUUCGAUUUCAUGCAAUCUGAUCUAACUAGAAUCAUCUCCCGUCCAGGCCAGAGGCUAACUGAACCACAGGUUAAAUGCUAUAUGCAUCAACUGCUUUCAGGCCUCCAGCACUGUCAUGAGAGGGGAAUUCUACAUCGAGACAUUAAAGCUUCCAACUUAUUGAUAGACAAAGAUGGGAGGCUGAAAAUUGCUGAUUUUGGGCUUGCUAAUUUCUUCAUUCCUAAACCAAAAAGACCCCUUACAAGUAGGGUGGUAACACUCUGGUAUAGAGCUCCAGAGCUGCUAUUGGGUUCUACAGAUUAUGGAGUGGGCAUUGAUCUGUGGAGUGCAGGAUGCCUGUUAGCUGAAAUGUUCAUUGGUAGGCCAAUUAUGCCUGGAAGGACAGAAGUUGAGCAACUUCACAGGAUUUUCAAGCUUUGUGGCUCACCACCAGAGGAUUACUGGAAGAUAAUGAGACUACCAACAAGUUUCAGACCACCACAACAUUAUAAACCUAGUUUUCAAGAAGCUUUCAGGCAUUUUCCUGAUUCUUCCUUUGGUCUCCUGACCACACUUCUCGCUCUGAACCCAGCAUAUCGUGGUACUGCUACUUCUGCUCUUCAAAGUCAGUUCUUCACUUCAAGCCCAUUGGCGUGCGAGCUUUCAGGUCUACCAGUAAUACACAGAGAGAAGGAUGAACCAACUCAAGCUAAUGAUCGGAAGAAGCGCAAGAAAUCAAGAAAAACCUCUCGAGAAGGUCAUGAAGGCCAUGGGAGGAGGAGCUUGAGUACUAUACAACCCAAAGAAGACACUGAAUCUUCUAAAGAGUUGGAGAGGUGCUCAGAGUCCAACACGAGUGGGCAAGAAACAGGAAACAGUGCAAGUAGUAGCACUUCUUCUGGUUUAAUAGCUAUCAGGGAAGAGCAAAAACUACGUCCAUCAUUUUCUCCUGGUCGCCCUUCUCGCCAGAACAGAACAAUGAGAACAGAGGCUCAUCCUAAUGCAAUGAGGAAUAUCCAAAACUUCACCCUUUUACAGGCCUCCAUAACAGAUAUCAUCAACCACAAUGCAGGAGGAGGCAAUGGAAUGCCUGGUUAUCGUAGGUCUAUUUCUACGUUGGACCUUCGUACUCUUGAUCCAGACAAGAUUUCAGAACUCUUUGGAUUGGAUAAAAAUUAAGCUAUUCUUGAUCAUUGAUCAUGUAUGUGCAAGCAACUACUUAAUUAAAUUACCAAUGCCGUCUUAUAAAGAUGUGUGUGUGCAUGCGCGCCUGCACGUGCUACUUGUUUGGUUUUGUACUUAAAUGUAGAGAUUCAAUUGCAAUGAGGAGUUGGUCAUGAUUGUUUAUUUUAAAUGUAUUAUAUUUUUAUCUUAA